CGUUCCCUCCCCUGCUCUCCAUCUUCCAAUGACUCAUAUGCUCCCCCUCCCCCCUCGUGUCAUAUGUUUGCGCCACUUCUCCCACCAGCCCUCACUAUCUUUCCCUCAUUCACCCACGUAUGCUCACUCUGUUCACCAGGAUCCAAACAAACUGCAGGAUGUCUAUUGUGAAUAUUGUUGCCAGAGAGAUCCUGGACUCCAGGGGAAACCCCACUGUGGAAGUAGAUCUCCACACAGGCAAAGGUCUGUUCAGAGCAGCUGUGCCCAGUGGUGCGUCUACUGGCAUCUACGAGGCUCUGGAGCUCCGAGAUGGAGACAAGACUCGCUACAAGGGCAAAGGUGUGACCAAAGCUGUUGCCCACAUUAAUGAGAGCCUUGGACCUGCCCUCAUCCAGUCUGGAAUCAGUGUCCUCGAGCAGGAAAAACUGGACAACCUGAUGAUCGAAAUGGAUGGCACUGAGAACAAAUCCAAGUUUGGAGCCAAUUCUAUCCUUGGAGUAUCACUGGCCAUAUGCAAAGCUGGCGCAAAAGAGAAAGGUGUCCCCCUUUACCGUCACAUUGCUGAUCUGGCAGGAAACAGAGAACUAAUCCUCCCAGUUCCUGCUUUUAAUGUCAUCAAUGGGGGCUCUCAUGCUGGUAACAGACUGGCCAUGCAGGAAUUCAUGGUUCUUCCUGUGGGUGCAGAGUCUUUCCGUGAUGCUCUGCGAGUGGGAGCAGAGCUCUACCAGACACUGAGAAGUGUCAUCAAGGAGAAAUAUGGUCAGGAUGCCACAAAUGUGGGAGAUGAAGGAGGCUUUGCCCCAAAUAUACAAGAGAACAGCGAAGCUCUGGAACUGAUAAAGACGGCCAUAGAGAAAGCAGGUUUCACUGAUAAGGUGGUGAUAGGAAUGGAUGUCGCUGCCUCAGAGUUUUUCAUUGAGGGAAAAUAUGACCUGGACUUCAAGUCUCCACCCAAUGCUGCCCGCAACAUCAGCGGUGAGAGCCUGGCCAACAUCUACCAGGGCUUCAUUAACAACUACCCAGUGGUGUCUAUUGAAGAUCCAUUUGAUCAAGAUGACUGGCCUGCCUGGUCCCAGUUUACCGCCUCAGUGGGCAUCCAGGUGGUUGGAGAUGAUCUGACUGUCACAAACCCACGCAGGAUACAGCGCGCUGUGGAGGAUAAGGCCUGCAACUGUCUGCUCCUCAAAGUCAACCAGAUUGGAUCUGUCACGGAGGCCAUCAAAGCUUGCAAACUGGCCCAGGAGAAUGGCUGGGGUGUGAUGGUGAGCCACCGCUCUGGGGAAACAGAAGACACUUUUAUAGCUGACCUGGUGGUUGGUCUUUGCACUGGACAGAUCAAAACUGGAGCUCCUUGUCGGUCUGAACGUCUUGCCAAAUACAAUCAGCUCAUGAGGAUUGAAGAAGAGUUAGGUGACCAAGCCCGCUUUGCUGGGCACAACUUCCGCAAUCCCAGUGCCCUCUGAGCCCCAGUGCCUUCACCAGUGGAACACAAUACAGAAAACAUGCAGAAGAUGUUACAUUUCCAUUACCAGAAAGGUGGUUUAUAAUGAAUUGUCUCAGUGGAUAUCAAAACACAAAAAGUCUGAACAAUGAACAAAUCACACGUCAUAAUUACAAUAUAUUAAUCUAACAAGUAAACGUGUGAAGUCCAACUUUCCACAUUCUUCUGACUGCCUCCUUUUCAAGUGUUUCAGUCUUUUCUGUAGUUGUGGUUGUAGUUUCCGUUCUCUUCGACAUCUUGUGACAGAAUUGUGUGUGUUAUUUUGUCAAAGGUUAGGAUCAAUAAAUAU